AUGCUUUCACCCAAACACGCUUUGAAUCACGAAGAAAAUCAACUGAUUCCACAGACCUCAAAACCGGAACCCGACCAGCGACCAAUCUUGAAGACCAACAAAAGCGAAUUGUCAGAACUGGCAAUCAAGAAAAAGCAGGCAAAUGUGGUCGUGCAACCAAGAUUGAAACCCUCUGUAUUUGCUUAUGAUUCCAUAAUUACUGAGCCGGUGAUUACCAGCCAGCACAGUGUGAAAGAUGAAGCCUUUUUUCAAUUCGAUGAUUUGCCCUUGAAUAGAAGAGGCUACAAGUAUCGAGUGUGCAAGCCAAACCGAGCAUUGAAGGCUACCAGGUAUCUGACCACCGAAUUGCCUCCUUACAAGGUGAGGGCGAGCUAUUUUGACAAGAGUCAAGGCGUUGGAUUGACUGCGGAUAUGACAUCCAUCACUACUCAAAAUGGGUGGCUCUCGGCACGGUGCAAUGUCUCUAUGAGAGAAGGAAAGUACUAUUUCGAAUACAACAUUGUAAACUCCAACAAUGGAGAUGAUAAGGCGCAUGUGCGUGUGGGCAUUGGCAGGAAAGAGCUGGCUCUAGAUGCUCCUGUUGGAUUUGACGGGUACGGAUACGGGCUCCGAGACUUGAACGGCCAGAAAAUCACAUUGAGCCGGCCACAAGAAUUUAUGUCUGAGGGCUUUCACACGGGCGAUACCAUUGGCUUUUUGGUCGAGUUACCUCCGCUAACCCGCCAAAGAGAUGGUAAUUCUGAAUUCGCAAAGAAGUUCAGGGAGAAGUACCCCAAGUCAAAAAAGCCAACCCGAGCUGCCUUAAAUGAGGAGAAAGAAGAGAAAGCCUUGAAUGCAUUCAGCAAUAUCCUACGCGAUCAAGUUGCUAUAAAAUAUAAGAACGGGCUAUUUUAUGAGCAGUUCGAGUAUACGAGAACCAAGCAAAUGGAUCAUUUGCUCAACCCAGUGACUGUCUUUGGCGAAACGGCAGUUCUUGAGAAGAAGCCCGAUGCACAGCCCCCGGUUCCAACCAUACCGGACUCCCGAAUUGUGGUGUAUAAAAAUGGGCAAUGCGUGGGAGAAAUGUUCAACGAACUAUACUCAUUUCUCCCUUUGGAUACCGCAGAUGACGCUGCAAGUACAGAAGCGAAUACGAAACAGCAGCAAAACCCAUCUUACAGAAAUACAGACGAUGGCUCCUUGGGUUACUACCCCAUGAUGUCAGUAUUUCAAAACGGGGUGGUCAAAAUCAAUGGGGGCCCUGAUUUUAAGUACGCAGUUCCGGAAGGCGCACAGCCGCUUUGCAAAAGAUACGAUGAGGCCGUUGUGGAAGACUGGCUCUGGGACUUGGUAGAUGAAGUCGAGGCAGAAUAUCUCGAUAGCUUCGAUUAA